UAAUUCACAUUCCCGACCUCAUCCGUCUAAACGUGAAAUAUUCAUUGACAUUGAUUCAACACCUAUAUUCAUGUUUGCUCGCACCGCCGUACGUGCUGUUACUCGCGCAGCUCCCAGAGGCUCUCGCACUUCCUCUGCCGAUGCAGGUGCAGGUGAUUAUUUUGCAAAGCGUGAUGCGGUUAGGGCCCAUGCUGCAGAGGUUACUCAGCUUUGGCGUAGAAUAAGCUUCUUUGUUUGCGUCCCAGCUACCAUUGUUUGCGCCCUUUGGGUGCGUAAUGUGGAAGCAGAACAUGCAGAACAUAUAGAACACAUAAAGGCAGAACAUGAUGGUCACCUCCCCGACAUCCCUCAGUACGAAUACAUGAACCGUCGUGUCAAGCCGUACCCUUGGGGUAUGAACUCGCUGUUCUUUAACCCACAUGUCAACAAAGACUUGUCGGAGGAAUGACCUUGUUUUGUACCAGUAGACUAUGAUGCAAUUUCUGCAGCACUGCUAUCUCUAUCACUCCGGUCGGUGCGCAAGUCGUGAUUUCCUGGUGUCACACCUCCAUGGUUUCGAUGAAGUGCCGGUUAAGUUUCUGAUGUCACUGCCAUGAUCGUCAAUAUAAAGUGUGGUUGAAAACUAAAAGCAGGGCUGAGCACCAGCCCCUCUGACUGUUUUAUGAUCUGGGUGCUUAUGUGGGGUCACAGUUAUCUAGACAUCAGUGCAGGAGUUGUGUCCCACACAUGAAAUACUAGAGAUUCUACUUCACCUGGCGGUCCGCACUAACAAUAAUAAACUAUCAAACUAUUCGUCCC